CAAACCCCUCCAAAAUACCAUCAGCUGUCGAACGCGCAACAGCAGAGCUCUGCACAGCUCCCUACAUAUACUGCCAUCCCCUAGAAUCUCCCUCCCUACGCCAUCCCACACGAAAUCAAAAUGCCGUCUCUUGAAUCCAACCCCAAACCACAGGGCAGACUUCUGCUCGUCUCAAAUCGACUUCCUAUCACAAUCAAACCUUCCGGAGAUGGCGCAUACAGCUUCUCCAUGUCCUCCGGUGGUCUCGUCACAGGUCUCAGCGGAUUAGCAAAGACGACAACAUUCCAGUGGUACGGAUGGCCUGGUUUGGAGGUCCCUGAGACGGAGAGAGGACCAUUGGUCAAGCAGUUGUCGGACGAACAUGGAGCUGUACCCGUCUUUGUCGACGAUGAGCUCGCAGACAGGCAUUAUAAUGGAUUCUCAAAUUCUAUCCUUUGGCCCCUCUUUCAUUACCAUCCCGGAGAGAUCACAUUCGACGAGUCGGCCUGGGCAGCAUACAAAGAGGUCAAUCGUCUCUUCGCGAAAACCAUGGCGAAGGAUGUACAAGAUGGCGAUUUAGUCUGGGUCCACGAUUACCAUCUUAUGCUUCUGCCAGAGAUGUUGCGAGAGGAGAUUGGAACUUCGAAGAAGAAUGUCAAGAUUGGCUUCUUCCUGCAUACUCCGUUCCCUAGUAGUGAGAUUUAUAGGAUUCUGCCAGUCAGAGAGGCGUUGUUGUUGGGUGUUUUGCAUUGCGAUUUGAUUGGGUUCCAUACCUAUGACUAUGCCAGACAUUUCUUGAGCAGCUGUUCGAGAAUAUUGGAAACACCUACGACACCAAACGGCGUCGAAUUUCGUGGCAAGUUUGUCACUGUGGCAGCAUUUCCGAUCGGAAUUGAUCCCGAGAAGUUUGUCGAUGGUCUGAAAAAGAAAUCAGUCCAGGAUCGUAUCGCUGUUUUGGAACGCAAAUUCGAAGGCGUCAAGCUUAUUGUUGGAGUCGAUCGAUUGGAUUACAUAAAAGGUGUCCCGCAAAAGCUCCAUGCUUUGGAGGUAUUCCUGACAGAACACCCUGAAUGGAUCGGCAAAGUCGUCCUUGUCCAAGUCGCAGUUCCCAGUCGACAGGAUGUCGAAGAGUACCAAAAUCUCCGAGCUGUUGUGAACGAGCUUGUUGGGCGCAUCAAUGGCAGAUUUGGUACCAUCGAGUUCAUGCCUAUUCAUUUCCUCCAUCAAUCUGUCGAUUUCGAGGAGCUCACUGCUCUGUACGCUGUUUCGGAUGCAUGCUUGGUUUCUUCCACACGUGAUGGCAUGAACCUCGUCUCUUACGAAUACAUCGCUACUCAGCGAAAACGUCAUGGUGUCAUGAUACUCUCCGAAUUCACGGGUGCUGCUCAAUCUCUCAACGGAGCAUUAAUCGUCAAUCCAUGGAACACAGAGGAACUUGCAGGCGCCAUUCACGAUGCCGUCACGAUGAGCCCCGAGCAAAGAGAAAUCAACUUCAAGAAAUUGGAGAGAUAUGUGUUCAAGUACACUAGUGCUUGGUGGGGAGAGAGUUUUGUGGGUGAAUUGGUCAAGAUCAGUGACCAUGCGGAUAAGAAGGCGAAGAGACUUAGCGUGGCACCCACUGCUGGGACGGUGAGUGAGUUGGCUGAAGAUGUGGCUGAUUUGAAGGUUAACGGUGAGGAUGAGGACUAGAGGGAGGAAAUGAGCCAUGAUACAUGAGUGAUGGGCGAAGGAAAUGCAUGAUACGAUACCAGUUUGUUUUGUAAUAGACAUAUGACCUUGAUAGGUUUGGCGCUGGAUCGGGAGUACACGCUGGGCU